AUGGUGCGCCUGGGCGUGAAGAUCAAGAAGCGCGGGAAGGUGCCGCAGCGCCGCAAGCAGAAGCCGCUGCGCAAGUUCAAGACCAAGUUCGUGCGCGACCCCAAGGUGCAGGAGGUCUGGGACCACAACCUCACCACGCGCCAGAACUACGCCAAGCUCGGACUGCAGGCCGACCCGAACGCGCACGACGCGCUGCGCAAGAGCGUGGAGGGCGCUGAGGGAACGCUGGAGGCGGCGGACGAGGCGCGUCUUUUCGAGGUGCCCGACAGCGAUUUCCUGGGCGAGCGCAACCCCAAGCGCGCUGCCAACUACGUGUCCGAGGAGGAAGCCAAGUACCUGCGCAAGCUCAUCGCCAAGCACGGCGAGGACUACAAGAAGAUGGAGCGCGACAUCAAGACCAACAACAUGCAGUGGACGGAGCAGAAGCUGCGGCGCCGUUGCGCGCGUCUGGCGCUGCUGGACGCCAACGUCAUCAGCAAGCCGCAGCAGACCGAGCAAGUACAGGACUGA